GAUGACUCGUGAAACUUAUUAACCUCUCCUUCUCUCGGUUGCAGGAUAUAUAUAUAUAUAUAUAUAUAUAUAAAUAGAACAAAAAGAGUGAGAUCAUGCACUCUCUAAAGACGACUACUUGCGCUGGGCAAAUAUUUGCUCUAGCUAAGCCGCACGAUUCUCUAGGCAAGAGGACUCGUAAUCGGAUUCCCAAGGAGGAGAGAAAGGCACUGGUGGAAUCUUUCAUUAAGAAGCAUCAAAACCUAAACAAUGGGAGUUUUCCUUCGCUUAGCCUCACACACAAGGAGGUGGGUGGAUCUUUCUACACUAUAAGGGAGAUUGUCAGAGAGAUAAUCCAAGAAAAUAGAGUCCUUGGUACUAGUGACCUGAUUCUUGAAGGCAAAUCGCAAGUUCAAAGUCUGUCAAGUUCAACAUUGAUGGAUCCUGUGCCUCCUUUAUCUUUGUCCCCAGACGGAUUCCAUUCUGCAUCAGAUCAAAGUAAUAAUUUUUCUUUCGAGGCUGUGAAGACUAAGUCACCUGAAAACGGUGAAAACAUCAACGGUAGCCAGGCUAGCGAGGAAGUGAAUGGACAUCAACAUAACAUAGAAGACAUAGGGCUGCUCGUACAUGAGCCAGUGCCAUCUACUGAUGUAUCUGGGACUCAGUUUGCAGCAUCUUGCAGUGAAGAGAAUGAUACCAAGCAUGAUGCAGGGCUGCAUGAUAGGGUGCAGACAGUUAGUAAUAGUUUUGCCUCCAAACCUCAUGAUAAAGAAAUCGAGGUGGAGAAGAAAGACAGAGGAUUCGAGGAAAUACCCUUCUUUGAGUCAGAAGGCACAAAACCUGUUAACGAUGACAAAAGAGUGAAUGAUGCUGGAGCAGUGAUGACCGAAAUGGUGAUUGUGACGAAGAAUACUUUAGACACAGUUGAUUUGCCAGCAGAAACGUUUCCAUCAGGAUCUGUGACUUCAACGAUGGAGUCAUCGGAUUUACAGCCUAGCGAGUUGGUUAACGUUUGUGAGGGUGGGAAUGGAGCUGUGGCAAAGGUGGAAACUGAUAGCAGCACCGUAACUUCAGUUGAUCUGGGAGAGAUUUCUUCAUCCACUUUUGUUGUACCUGAAAAACAGGGGACAGAAGUCAUUGUUGGUCAAAUGCCAGAUCCUGUCUCUGUUCCUACGGAAAAGAAAGUUGAAGAGAAAAUUGUAAAUCCUGCUUCAGUAGAUGUUGAAUGUGCUUCAGUAGAUGUUGAAUGUGCUGAUACUAAAGGGACGGUGGUUGCGAAUCCUGUGAUUGGCAACAUCCAGGAGACUAAUGGAAGUUUGACAACUGAACAGAAAAUGCCUACAUCUGGCACUGAGUCUGGAAGUUGUAAGAACGACAUAGCCAAAUUGGACACUACGAGUAGCCAUGCUAGGAAUGAAGUCGCAAGUGUAGAGAAGGCAAUCAUGGAAAAGGGGAAACUUGAUGCGUCGGAUAGUUCCAGCUCUCAGAAAGGAAACAUUGCGCCGUUAAACAGAAUCAAACCCGAAUCGUGGAAAGGGCAAUCUAAUGCUGCAGGACAAGAAACAAAUCCCCUUCUGGCGGUUCUGAAAUCGUUUUUGACAGCCUUUGUGAAGUUUUGGACCGAGGAAUAAUAUGUUGUAGAGAUAUGUUGGUUGAGUUUUAGCAGUUUUCAUCAGAGAGAGUUAGUAAGGUUAAAAAGAGAUAUGGUUUGAAAUGUGCUGUACAAUUUUUGUGUUGUAUGUUAUGGUUAAAUGUAGUUGAAUCAUAUGUUUAAAAGUAGUUGAAUCAGAGAUGAAACAGUAAAAUUCUGAGGAUAAUCCUCUCAA